AUGGACCCAGCAGCUAUCCCACUUAUCUAUGGAGUCCGCUUGAAACUUGACAAAGGAGAUGCCUACGUACCGUUUCGACAAGCCGGCGUUACCACGAGUCUUCUGAGCAUUCCCGACGAAAAGACUCACGCCAAAUACCGGAAGCUCGUGUCGAACGCUUAUUCCUUGACUUCCCUCCGCGGCUACGAACCUUAUGUGGAUGAGAUGGUCAACCGACUCGUCCAAGUAUGCGAUCACCACGCCGAAACACAAAUGCCGUUGAAUCUGAGUUUAUGGUGUCACUACUACUGUUUCGAUGUAGUCUCGAAGCUGACUUUGGGUCAACCUCUUGGAUUUCUCGAGGGCCGAGAUGCCUACUCUCUUAUCCAGAGAAUCAAGGCCUUUGGAGCCUAUACAGGCGUGGUAUCACAAAUGCCGUGGCUGCAUAAAAUAUUUCAAGAUAAUCCUCUGAUGAGAAAGACCAAACCAUCCCCUUUCAUGCAAGUCGUUCGCAAGACUGUGGACGACCGCCUAAAGGAUCCCGACGUGGAGAGCAAACCACGGCCUGACUUAUUGUCGCAUUUCAUCGCGACGCACCGAGAAUACCCAGAUACCAUGGACCCCUUUCAAGUAUUGAUUUUUACAUCCGGGAACCUUAUCGCAGGGGGACUCAGCCCCUCAAAAACCUUCAACGAAAUUUGUUACUUCCUAGUUACCAACGGAAAGGCACAGGACAAGCUGUUUCAGGAACUGGAAGAGGUGAAAUGCACGUUUCCGGCAAAUUUUGAUGAGGUAAGACAUCUCGGGUAUCUUGAAGGUGUUAUCAAAGAAGCAUUGCGUCUACACAGCUCCACCUCUUUCAAUCUCCAGAGGGUGACAGGACCCAACGGGCUACAGCUACCAAAUGGAACUCACAUUCCACCCCGAAUCAAUAUUGGCAGUCCAGCAGGGGCAAUCAACCAGGAUAUUCGUGUGUUUGGAGACGACGCCGAGGUCUAUAAGCCUGAGAGAUGGAUGCAAGGGAAUGAAUCACUCGAAACGUUCCAACAAAGGAGAAAUCUUAUGGAGAGAACAGAGUUAUCAUUUGGACAAGGUUCUCGGACGUGUAUUGGAAAGAACAUCGCGAUCCUGGAGAUGUUCAAGGCUGUGGCGACUCUGAUGGGACAGUUUACGUUCGAACCCGCCGGGACUCCAAAGAAGGACCAAGUAUUUGUGACUGUCCACCGUAGAGAAAAGAUACGUGGUGUAGUUUCAGCAAAGAAGUGA